CUCAGCCUCAACAAAUCAGUGCUCUGUGAAAGUGCUAAAGGAUCUUAAUUAAACCUGGAAUUGCAAAAAUACAAUAGAAUGGUCUGUCUGUAUCUGGAGACUUCAUAGCCAUGCCAUGGGUGUGUUUUCUGUACUUGCUCUGCCAUUGCUUCUCUUGGGGAUCAGUGGAAUUAUUUAUAUUUACCAGUCAGUCAGGUGGCUGCUGUCCAAGUCAGCGGUGCAGAACAAGGUGGUGGUGAUCACAGAUGCCAUCUCUGGACUAGGCAAGGAAUGUUCUCGUGUGUUUCAUGCAGGAGGAGCAAGGCUUGUGUUGUGUGGCAGGACGUGGGAAAAGUUGGAAGCCUUGUAUGAUGCUUUAAUUAGUGUGACAGACCCCAGCACGACAUAUGCACCAAAGCUGAUUCUUCUGGAUAUCACAGACAUAAGCUGCAUUCGAGAUGUUGCCAAGGAAAUCCUGAACUGCUAUGGCUGUGUGGAUAUACUGAUCAACAAUGCAAGCAUGAAGGUGAAAGGAGCAGUGCAGAGCAUUUCACUGGAACUUGAUAAAAAGAUCAUGGAUGCCAACUAUUUUGGACCUAUCACAUUAACCAAAGCCAUUCUCCCCAACAUGAUCUCAAGGAGAACUGGCCAAAUUGUUCUAAUUAAUAGCAUCCAAGGGAAAAUAGGAAUUCCAUUUCGUGCAGCUUAUGCUGCUUCCAAGCAUGCUGCUGUAGGCUUUUUUGAUUGUCUUAGAGCUGAAAUGGAAGAAUUUGAUAUUUCUGUCAGCACUGUGAGUCCAACCUUCAUCUGUUCAUACCAUCGCCAGCCAGCACCUGGCAACUGGGAGGCAUCUAUUUGGAAAUUCUUUUUCAGGAAGGUGUCCUAUGGUGUGCACCCCGUGGAGGUGGCAGAGGAGGUCCUUGCCACGGUGAGCAGGAAGAAGCAGGAGGUGCUUAUGGCCAAUCCCAUCCCCAGAGCAGCAGUUUACAUCAGAACAUUCUUCCCCGAGCUGUUUUUUGCCAUUGUUGCCUCAGGGAUUAGGGAAAAGCUGAAGACAGAAGAGGAAAAUUAAUUUUGUUCAGUUAUUUUCCUUGCUUUUGACUUGAAAAAAAAAAAGGUUUCUGUUUUGAAUGUCAGUGACUUGUGCUGCUUUCUAUGAGUAGAAUAACACCACUAUUAUUGACACACACAA